AUGGUGUCAUUCCACAAAUGACGUCACUGCACAUUGAACGUCAUCUUUGACGACGCGCAACAACAGGAAUAACGUCAUCAAGCCAUGGCGUCAUCUCGCUCCUUCAGUGCGAGAUGAAGCUUUUCAUUCAGCCGGAGACGAGCGCCGUGCAAGCCGCCCGCCCUCAGAGACUGGAGCCUCCUAGAGGCGAUGGAGGCGACCUCGCCCAGAGUCGUCAAGAAAGCGGGAGGUCGCCAGCCUCCACACCUUGACAUGGACCUUCGUUCCUUCAGUCCUUGCUUCAGCUCUAACAACGGUGAGCAUCACCGAGGUCGUCGCCCUGUGCAUCGCCAUUGGCUUCGUUGCCAGACCCACCAAACCAGUCGGGUGAGGAGGUUUAGAAAGAUAGUAGUGCGCACCGUGCCUGGGGUCUGCGGGGUGUACCGCUAUGUCACGAAGCUGGUGGAGGCGCCAGAACCAUCACCUUAUCCAACACCUACCACCAUCACACCUGCGAGGAGACAGUAUACCGGGGAUAGUGCAGAGUCGCCACAGGGUGUCGUCGUCACACGUUGUCAUUUAGUUGGCGACGAAAAGAGCGGGGAUAUUUCUGACGCCGAGGGGCCGCGGAGGUGCAGAGGGGCAGAGUCACGUGAUAGGCCCAGCAGGCAGACACUUUCAGCUGACGUCAAGAGUUCACUAAAAGCAGCUUCACCUGACUAUGCCAGGGUGCGUUCCGCAGGACGUUCCAGUUUGGUUUUCUGGCAGGACGACUGGGCACCGUCACCAGAAUCAAGCCGAGCCGUUGGCUUGGGCAGCGUUCCGAGGCCGUUGUGCUCUCUGCAACCGUUACGAAUGACGUCAUCGGCAUUUUGCGAUUUUCGCGUGGAGGCUGACAGUGUGCUGAAGAGGAUCUCAGUUUUUGAUGAAGACCAGUAUUGUCCGACUAUCCAUAAACCAGGAGCACAAACACUUUUGGAGGAGAAAUUCGACCCUCUGCACAGUUUAUUUUCUGGUGAACGCUCUACGGAGGAAGAAAAUAAUUUGGGGAUCUUAGAUUCCAAGAACAUUGGUACGGGAUUAAAGUAUACAUACCAACAAUUAUGCUGUCGUGGCACAUAUUCCGUAAAUGAACAAGUCUUCCUUCAGCCUCGUAAUAAUCUCCUUUCAUACGAAAGCCAGCAGCACCAGGUUCCAUGGCUACUUACAGGGCACAGGUAUCACAGCCAGCAGUCCAAUUCCAGAACAAUACAUAAGCUUCUUUCGGAUCUGUCCAUAAUCCACCUUGGACAAUUAAACAAUGUACCCAAGCCACAAGGAAGAUUACGCAUGCCACCUCAUCUCCCAAAAGUGAGCGAACCAUUCAAAUCAGAAGUGAAAACAGAAGCAGUCGACGGCAUGAUAAAAUUUCGCUGCAGACAUCGCAAAUGGAGUUAUCACGGAAAGCUCACCUGGACUUUCGCGAGAAAAUAUCGUGCUGCGAAACACUUAUUUUUACUGAACACUAACCACCCGUACAUACACAAAACGAAGUACACGAAAGAACAAGAGAAGGACAAGAAACAUAUCACUUGGGGUGUAACCAAAAGGGAAAAUGUAAUCGAGAGCGUGCACAUCUCCGAAGAAUCGGAAUUGUUUCAACAAUGGGGUCCGUACAAGUCGCCCCUCAUACGCAAGUCUGCAACGGUGGUUCCAACACCAGCGGCGGGGCCCGGAUGUUUGAACGUGACGUCAUUGAAGCACCGCCAGACCCAGCGAGAAACUGUCAAAAUUGUGGAUGGAGGAUGCGAUGCAAAUCGACUUGGUGGUCGCACAAAGUGUAUGUGUGUGCGCUUUCAUCAAGCUUCUGGUCACCGGUCAGUCACAGCAACUGACUCCGCUGAGGUUGACAGCUGCGGGGUAGGGAAUGAAUCAGCAGACGCAUCUGAAAAUGAUGUACAAGAUGGUGAAGAGAGCUUCUGGGACAUGGAGCUCCAGCUGUGGAAAGACAACAUUCAUGCCGCCAGCUCCUACUGGCAACCUGGCACCACCUACCAGCGUAAACAAGUACAAAAACGGCGCACCAAUGUAAAGGAGGCGAAACUCUUAGGUCUGGAAAACGUGCGAAGUUUCCAUGGCUUUGUCCAAGACAUUUUUAUAGCCGUUCGCUCGAAAAUUCGACGCAUCAAAGGUGUACAAUCGAAGAAAUAAGAUCGUAUUUGUAUGCUAAUGUUCUAGGAGUGAUUUUCUUUGUGCGUGCGUGCUUACGCAGGUUUGUCUUUCAUGUAAUAAGACUGGGUGUAGUAUUGUUUGCUGCACAAUCAACGAGUAUUUCUAAGGCGGAAAUUUUUUAAACACAAUAUUUAGAAUUUGCAUGAGUUCUACAAUGGGCGCAGUUUCUUUCAUACAAGCAUGCACAUGGAGCAAGUGCGUGUAGACAAAAGCUAAAAAAGCUUGAAAUAAAAACGAAGUUUAC